CACCAAUUUAUAAGUUUUAAUUGACUGAAUUUUGUUCCCAGUUUUGAAAUUAUUGGUUAUUUAUUUCAAUUUUAAACUAGUCGUCGACCAGAAAUAAAUAUUUCGCUUCAAUUCUAUCUCCAAUCUCCAGACGAAUUAGAGUAUAUACGAAUGAGAAUGGCGGAUGUUCCAGUAAUCACCUUGUCUUCGGAAGACGAGGACGAAGAACUCGUUGAAAAUAUAUUAGUCGAGCAUACUGAGAUGGGUCCUCCCCCAUCGCCAUCGCCUGACCCUUUCGCUCUUCCCCCCAUGGCAGGCAUGGUCUGGAACUACGAGCCGCAGGAAAUGUCAGAGGAUAACAUAUUGGACCAGUCGUAUACUGUUGAAAGUAAUAUGGAUGAGGUGAUUGACUUAACUCUACAUUCGGAAGACUCGGAGGUCGAAAUAAUUCCAACGCCAUUGAAAGAUUUGAGGGGUAAGGGAACUAAAAGCUCAAAAUUGCCACCAACCCCUUCUGCGACACGAACACUUGCAGAAAAUACGGUGAUCUCUUCUUCUGGCAUGACAUUAAAACGUGGAUCGCAAAAGUAUGAAAAUGCAAAGAAGGAAAAAAUCUUACUUCUCGAACAAUCACUCAAUAAGGCAAUGGAAGAAAUCAGUAAGCUUGGAGAAAAAGAAGUUGACUGGGAUGACGAUGAAGGUGUCAAUAGCUCCUUUAUGCAGCAGGACAAAUUGAUGAAAUCUUACAUGAAACAGUACAACUUGCUGUGCGAAGUGACCAAUAGCUCAACAAAUACGGAUAGACCGGUACAGAUGGGAAUUCGCCUGAAGAACAUUAAGAAUUUUCCAAAUUUGGAUAAAACUGUUCUGACUGUUCAGAAUUACGUCAAUCAGAAGCCGUUUAAUAAGCCAGCAGACUUUCUGGAUAUCUUAGAAGUUGUUCGUAACUGCAAUAACAAUUUUAAGCUGGAAUUAAAAGAAAAACGUGUUCAGGAAUUAGCACGAAAUCUGCACCAAAAAGUAGUUCAGCGUAUACAGCGUUGUCGUAAAUUGGAUUCACGCCUUCUCAUUCCUGACGUCAUGAAGGAAGAUGACCCUGCAUUCAAAUCUCCAGAAUUAGAAGCGAAGCUUCUGGAAAACGCCCGAAAAAGCAACCAGUCAAUCCGAAAUAUAGCAGAACGUUUCAUGGAAAGAGAACUACAAGAUAGGUCUAAACAAUCCGAAGAUAGCGACUCUGAAUUGGACGAUAAUGAUGAGGAAAAUAAUGACUAGUCCGUCCGGCCACGACACUUACUUCAAUGACAUCGACAAAAAAAACUGAGAAGAUUUUACCUCAAUAACCUUACCCAAUUUGAAUUUGAAUUUUUAGUUAUACCAUUAUUAUAUGUAUUAUUUUCUCACUUCUUAUUGUAAUGACUUUUUAUUAUAGAGAUUUUCCAAAGUCAUUAUUUGAAGUCGGAUUAAUCUUCAAGUACUUAAUAACGUUGACUCAUGCUUAAUAUGAUGGACAAUGUUCUUUGUACGUAAAUAAAAUGCGAAAUCUUUGAAAAUAAACAAAACAAA